CAGUCGCGAUCUGCUUAGAAACCUUGGCUGGAAGCAAAUGCACACACAACAAACAGCAAAAGAAAAACAAUCGCAAUGGUGUGUAAUUGCGGCAGUGCCGCUGAAGAAGCCGAACCACGGUCAUAAACGCGUUUUCCCCCCGAAAACCGAUCGCGGUCGAUCGCCGUAAUAUUAUUUUGUCAACAGAGAAGGACGGGCUGACUGGCUUUUGUAGCUUCGAAAUUGAGAGCUAGGUUUGCAGCACACAUAUCACACAAAGGCACAAACACAGUUCCACGAACAGAAAUACAUUAGAGUGACAGAGUUGUGCUGGAAAUGGGGAAAUGCGCAAAUAUGUGAAGCAUUUGCAGCAGCAGCAGCAGCAGCAGCCAACAUUCAACAUUAUCCACCACCACCAAUAAGCACAUUCAAACGAUCAUUACGAUCGGAAAGGGAGGAGACGUGGUGAACAGCAGACAGUGUCACUAGUGCGUUUAGACGGUCGGAUCUAAUUCGCAGGCACAUACUAACCGUGUGGUCGAUCACCAUUAGUGCAUUAGUAAGAGUGUGAGUGAUCGUUGAGAGCAAGGAUCAACUAGAACGAGCAGACUUCGUGUGUGAGUGUGUGUUUGUGUGCCUUUACAAAAUGCGUAUGUGUAGUACUAGUAGUGCGGUGCAAGGAAAAUUUCGAAGGAAAAUUGUUUUUGUACGAAUCUUCGACGAGUGGCAUUGCUAGUGGUUAUGCGGGUGUGUCUGUGUGUGUGAUCAUCUGAGCGUCCCGGUUGCACCGUAUUUCCUUCAAUCAACCGACUCUACUACUAAACGCGCAUCGAAACAACAAAGACAAAGCGACCACUUGCCAUCGAUCAACUCUCCUUUCCGCCUCGUGCCUUCCCUCCUCGUUCCCCACAACCCGCCCAUUCCGUCGUCUAAACAUCGAUCAACAUCGAAGGCCUAAAGAUCACCCCACGCAGCCACGGGUGAGUGCAUGAAAGUGACACCCGGGAACGGUAAGCACGCACACCACCAGCUACAGCUCGGUAGUAGCACCUGCCCUGCCAAUUACACUAUUAUGGCCGAAACGUCACCGUCGUCGACUUCGUUGUCGUUCACUGCUAGCGAGCGCUCCCGAACAGCGGCCACCGGCAAUCCGUGUCCGAUUCUUCCAUAGCCGCCGUUCACCGCACUCCCGUGGUGUUGGGUGCAUGUGUGUGAUGUGUGUGUGCGCGUAGGUGUGUAGUGUGUGCGGAUGCUUGCUGAUAUGCAGCGGCUUCGUCCUUUCACGUUCACGACUGAAUGAGUGCGGCAGAGUGUUCACCCCGAAUGUGACAUGCUGGCUGAAAAAACGCGUGAAACGUCACAAGUGUAGUUAAUUGGCUAGUGAAAGUGGAAGGGAGUGCGAUCCUCGGUACACGGAUUCCGGUCACUGUCGAGAAAAGAAGCAGCACAGUACGAGAAAAGCGGUAGCAAUCGUGUGCAAAAAAACCAAGGACACAAGGAAGGUGCCGGUCUACGACGCUGCUGCAACAAACCGAGUUCAAUCAACCCGCCUUCAACUAGUCUGACCACCAACCCGUGUGGUGUGUUCUGCUUUCGGAGUGCUGUCCUGUGCUGUAAAACGUAGUACUACUAUUACUACAAAAAAGAAAAACCAACACACAAAAAAAAAAAACGGACGAUAGGACGUGCGCGCACACCCAACGGUGUGCACGUACACGAAAGAAAGUGCUAAAUUAUGCCAAAAAGCUCCAGCAACGCAGAUCUACCACUCGGCUGGGAAAUAAACACCGACUACGAUGGCAAGGUUUACUUCAUCGAUCACAUCAACAAGAAGACGACCUGGAUCGACCCGCGUGACAAACAUACGAAACCGGAAACGUUCGCGGACUGUAUCGGGAACGAGCUGCCAUUCGGGUGGGAGGAAAGCUACGAUCCACAGAUCGGUACGUACUACAUCAACCACAACACGCAAACGACCCAGCUCGAGGAUCCCCGGCUACAAUGGAAGAGCAAGCAGGACGAGAUGUUGCGGGAGUACCUGUGCUCCGCACAGGACACGCUGGAGGCCAAGAAGGAAAUACUGAGCGUGAAGACGCAACGGCUCCAUCUGGCGCAGGAAGAGUACAACCAUCUGAAUGCGCUUGCCGCCAGCCGCACUAGUCUGUGCUCGUCGACCAGCUCCUGCAGCACCAAGUUCGAUCCGGAGCUGUUGCGUGCGGAUCUAGCCAUCGCGAAGGAGCGUGUGUUUCGGCUGAAGAAGGAGCUGUCCCGCAUACAGAAGGAGAUGCACAGCACGCAGAAAGGUGUCGACACGUUGGCCAGUGUGGAGCAAAAGCUGAACGCACACGUGAACGGGUGCUACAACAUUAGCGAAGCGCAAGCGAUCAUGGAGGAGGUGAAGAAGAUACAGAAAUCGCUCAUCACCGGCGAGCGGGAGAAGAAGGAGCUGAUGAAAAGCUUGGCACAGGUGAAGGACGAUCUGACGCGGUUACAGCUGCGCCAGGAAAGCCCGGAUGCGUCCACGUUCAAUCUCGCCCAGGACCGCAUCUGUGCCGCAUCCCAGACCGACCUCUCCUCCGAACACUUCCCGAUGGGGGCGCGCGAGAUGGCAAAGAUGCGGCAACGGUACGACGAGUGGCGCCGGCGUGUGAAGGAAAUACAGGAGCAGCUGGCCGCGCUGGAGGAAAAGAUACGGCCGGGCGAGCUGGAAUCGGACCAGGACCGGUUGCUGCUGUUCCAGGAGAAGAAGCAGCUGUUGCUGGAGUACCGCAGCAUAACGCCGAAAUCGCGCUCGCCGACGGAGAUGCGCCGGAUACAGAGCGUGUGUCGGCAGCUGGAGGCGGACCUGAACAUGGCGUACGAGGAGUCGAACCAGUGCAUCGCGAACCGGCUGAAGCUGCACGAGGAGAAGCAGGCACUGUUGCAGCAGCUGCUGGAAGCGCUCAAGGAGUUUACGCAUCUGGAGCAUCAGCUGAAAUCGCUGUCGGCGAGCACGCUGUCCAUCAGUAGCAGCUCCAGCCUGGGUUCGCUGUCCACCGCCUCGAGCAAGGGUUCGCUGAGCGGGCUCAGCUUUACCGACAUUUACGGCGAUCCGCUGUCGACCGAGCCGCAGAUUGAUAUGGUCGAUAUGAACCGGCGCGUCCAGCGUUUGUUCCAUCCGAGCUCGGACGUAUCGUCGCUGUCACCUCGCAGCAGUCUUUCGACGGAAACGCCACCGGCUUCCUCGAUCAAGCUCGAUUGGGUGACGGCGGUAGGGGCGGGUGCCGGUCCGGCUGGCAGCAACCCGGGCGCAUCACCUUCGGCGGUUCAUGCUGCCAAACUGGUGGGCACGGGAUCUGGAUCGGGAUACGGCACCACCCCACCGGCACCAUCAUCCGGCACGACCGCUGCACCGAGCUAUGCGGUGGCGACGGCAACCACCAGCACCAACGCACCGUCCACCGCCGACUACAAUCUCGACCGGCAGCGGCUCGAGGAGCAGCUGCAGGAGCUUAAAAUCCGGCAGCUCGGCAUUGCCGGUGGACCACUGUCGCCGAUCUACGAAAAACCACCGUACCUGGAACCGGCCGCAUUGCUUAGCCGUUCGUCCUCCACCUCCAACACCCGGUCCGUGUCGACGACGGUAAGCGACGAAUCGGUGGCGGGCGAUUCCGGUGUGUUUGAAGCGUCCCGCGCACCGCCCGCCCUGCUCACGAAGGAAUGUGCCCAGGUGCAGAUUGGCAUGCGCUACCUGACCGCCGAUGCCGCGCUCUGCAUUACGAUCGAGCGGGGUAGCAAUUUGGGUGCGCUCGGACCACCGGCCGGUUGUCAAAUUUUCAUCCGCGCCGUGCUGCUACCGGGUGCGGGCACGAACGGUGCUGGCGGCAGUCCGGGAUCCGUGCGCACCGGUACGGUAACGGACUGGGUGCGGCCCCUGUUCAAAACGAUGCUGGUCGUACCGCUACCGCUCGACAAGGUGUACGCGAAAACGCUUCACGUAAAGGUGAUGGUGCUCGUUGGGCAGCGGGAGGAUUGGGUCGGCAGUACGCAGAUCAGUUUGGCGGAGUUUAAUCCGGCCGACGCAACCACUAGCCGCUGGUACAACAUCGUUAGCCGCAAAUCGAUGAACGAGUCGGAGCUGUUGGAGGGUUGCGUUGGGGGUGCCACCAUCCGGGAAGAGUCGUCCGACGAGUCGACCAUCAUCUCGUCCCAAACGUCAACGUUAACCCGCAACCAGGGUCAGGAUGAGCUGCAGGCUGUACUGGAGAUGGUGUACGACGAGCUGUCGAACGAUGACGAGGAGGACGAGGAGGAGGAGGAAGAUGAUGAAGACGAUGAGGAGGAGGAUGAGGAGGUGGAGGAGGAGGAAGAAGAUGAUGAAGAGGAAGAGGAGGCGAUGGACAAUGCGCUAGAGCAAGGGGAUGUGACGGGCAAACCGGGUAGUGUGGUGUGUCGUCGGCGCAGCAGCAAACAUCCGCAGCGACCAGUCCACUCCGUCGAAGAGGAGGACGAGGGCGAGGAACAGCAGAAGGAGGAGGGUUGUGCAUCUGCGGAAGCUACCGAACUGAUGAUCCAGGAGUACAUGAACAGCGUGAAGGAGCAGUGCGGUGAUGGGGCGGAUGGGGGCGUACAUGCCCUACCGCAAGCACCGCCACCCGUGCAGCGCGUGGAUAAGGAAACCAACACCGAAUGUGCCUUUCUGCCGGAACGGAGCCGCAGGCGGUUCCCCGACCCGAACGGUCCGACGCGUUCAUCCACCAUCGAGGAGGGCUCGGUCGUGGACGAUCGGUUGGUGAAACGAUCGCAAACCUUCUCACCAAGUGCCGUAGCUAGCAAAGCCCGAUACAUCUGCCGGUUGAACCGGAGCGACUCUGACUCGGCCAUGCACUUCAACAACCAAGUGACGCCCCAUCCGUUCAAGCGUGGUUCGGUCGAGCGACGGUCCCUGCGCUACCACAACCGUGUGUCUAAGAUCUAUCACAAGAUGCAUCCGGCAGUGCCACGCACCAGUCUCGAUCUCGAGCUCGAUCUAAAGGCCCAGCAGACAAAGCUGGAAACGCUCACGGACGAGAUCGGGCGGUUGCGGGAGCUGAAGCAUCGGCUCGAACUGGCACGGGACAACAACGACGUGAAGGUGGCCGCGUGGGCACUCGAGAACGAGGACUUCCUGCGGCUGGUAAAGACGGUGAAUGCGGUCACGCCGGAGGAGCGCCAGCUGGCGAAGCUGCUGAUGAAAACGUCCAAGGAGAUUUACAAGCUGCGCAAAACGAAGGUCGGCAAGGGGAAGCUCGAUUCGAUCUCGUUCAAGGAAAAGAUGGCGUUCUUUACGCGUCGUGGCGUGUCGGUGCCGGAGCUGCCGUCGGAAAUUUUCCCCGGCACGACGGUGGUGGCGCCGGGCGUGGGCGGCCCCUUGGCGGACCAUUCCGCGGAGCAGGAUAGGGAGGAGUGUGGCGGCAGCCGAACGCCAACCAACAGCGAGCUGAUACCGGUCGCUGCUCCCACCACGCACACGGUCGGUACAGACCCGGAACCGGAUGCGAACGAUGCAUUCUCCUACAGUGACGUAGAUCGCACGUACGGUGUGGAGGUGUGAAGGACUCAGUUCGUCAUUUGAAACUCAGAAUCGUGUGGUAGUGUUUUUUUUAUUUCGGAUGCGCUGAUCAGCAAUAUCAGCAACGGCAAACAGACGCAUCAAGCAAUCAAUCAAAAGCAUAAAGCAAAUCAAUCAAACACACAAACAAAUAAAAAGAAAGGAAGAAUGACCAAAGGUCUUGCAUGCAUUUAAUCGUUAAGUUGAGGAGGUUUUUUGCCGUUUUCGUUUUAUUUUUUAAAGAGAGAUAGAUAUUUCUUUUUUUUUACUAUUAAUAUUAUUAUUGUUAGUGGUAGUGUUAGGGAUAAGCCACCUUUUUUUUAAAAAAAAAUAGACAACGCACUUAGGACAAACAAUCUGAAAACUAUUUCACUCAACGUUAAUCUUCUAUUUUUUCCCGCCUCUUUUCACUCUCUUUCUCUCUCUCUCUCUCUCUCUCUCUCUCUCUCUUCGGAGUGCUCUUUUUCUCUUACUGUCCUUCUCAAUGCUUUCACAAGCUCCUUUCCAACCCCAAUACAAAGAUGAAUACAAACCGGUUUUGUAUGAGUAACAGCUUGCAAACGUGCCUUCAUUAGCCUCAAAUACAGCAGUGUCCAGUCCAAUAGUAGUAUAGGUAGAUUAACCCAACAUACACAUACACCCAACUGUCGAGUAGAGACUACGUUUAUACCAUCAACUAUGCUGCCGUUAGUAAACAGGAAGAAAAAGGGGUCCCUUAACCGUUUAUUUCGUUGUUAUUGUUGUGCUCAUUGCCAUCCUUCAGCCUUCCCUCCCCCACCCCCCUCCUCACCCACCACACCACCAAAACGACUCCUUUUCCCCAGUGUUGGGGUGUCCCGGGACACACCGGGGGGGUACACAGAUACGGGGGACGCGCCAUGCUGAUGUUAAAUAUAGUUAGUGUAGUAGUAAUCAGUGAAAUGACUUUAGGGGGAAGAAAAAUGGAUACAAAUCGAUAAACAAAAAAAAAACAAAACAAACUUUAAUCUAGCGCGAGGUAAUAGCAUGUAAGGCAAUUAGGCUUGCUAGGCUGUGCACACACACACACACACACACACCUAUACUACAUCAUAGUUACUUGCUAAUUCGGAUACGUGUUAGGUUGCGUAGUAAAGUGUUUUUAAGAUCAAACAAGCAUAAAUAGAAAGAAGGAAGACGAAAAAUAAGUGACCGAGAGACUAGAGUAUUAAGAAUGUAAAGAGAAUGUUUGAUGAAGAACGCGCCCGCGCCUGUUUGUUUGUGUAAUUGGUAAGUGAUUGCGUGUGUGUGUGUGUGUGUUGCCCAAAGACUACUAUCAGCCAUCAAGGUGAAAGAAACAGGAUGAUGUACAAGCUCUAGUUUGUGUGUGUGUGUGAGAGAGAGAGAGCAAGAUAAUUAAAAGAACACAAGAUUGAACUCGGAAGUAAACAAAGCAACACAAACAAACAGAACAAAUAUACAUACACACGCACAAACACACGCUCGUACCGAUGAAUGCAGUCAUAUCCCAAUACGUGCAAUAGCGAAAAUGUUUUUAUUUUUUA